GGGAAGAGGUUGAGAUAGAAACAGUAUAUGAGAAUAGAGACCUCCAGGCUUUAUACCUGCUUCUAUCGAAGCUACAAUAAUGGUGUACGUAUUUUCCUAAGGGGCGUGUUUAUCUCUAUGCUGGUACCGAGACUUUUCGUCACGUGACCCAAUAUCUCGUCACCAAUUAUCCCUCGGAAAUGUCAAACUACACAGUACUAAUACCGUGGAAUAAAAAGAAAAGCAACCAUAGAAGAGGAAUUGUACUUGAAAUAAAAUUUCGGGUAUAAUCUGAUGACUAACCUUCGGCAUAGCCACUUAUAAAAGCAAAGGUUCAAAUAACUAGGUUAACUAACUUAGGUUACGUAGGUAGCUAAUAAAUCAUGAAGACCACGACGUUUAGAUACCCAUGUAGAGUUGCUAUGUGGUAUUAUCUUCUCCGUGCAACAAUGUUUUGUCAGGGUAUCAUUGCAGCUCAGACGGGGAAUCGGAGCGGGUUCGCUUCAUAUAUAGGUGUCUAUAGGACCGUUCUAUCUCCGUCCCUAUAGCGAAGUUCACCAACCUCCAAUAAUACGAUUCUCCCUGGGUAGUACAACUAUCUCCGAUGAUAUUGGCGGGUCCGAAAGACUGGCGAAAAGCAAGAUGGACCUCAAGGAGAAAGCUCUAGUGCGGAAGCUGGAUUGCUAUAUCAUGCCGACUAUAUGCGUCAUGUACUUCCUGAACUACGUUGACCGCAACGCCAUCGCGCAAGCCCGUCUGAACCACUUUGAACAUGAUCUCGGUAUGUCGGGUAACGAGUUCAACACGGCAGUCAGCAUUCUCUUCGUCGGAUACGUGCUCAUGCAGGUCCCGAGUAACAUGCUGAUUACGCGGAUCAAGCCCGGGCUCUACAUGUCCGGGUGGAUGUUCCUCUGGGCGGUAGUAUCCGCCUCUACGGCUGCCGUGAAGAGUUAUGGCGGGCUCGUGGCCUGCAGGUUCUUUCUCGGGAUUGCGGAGGCUCCAUUCUACCCCGGUGCUACGUACAUCUUGGCGAUCUACUAUACGCAUGGUGAGAUUGCCAUGCGGGUCGGCCUCAUGUACUGUGGCCAGCUUCUCGCCACCGGGUUUACCGGCUUGAUCUCGGCCGGUGUCUUCGCGGGGAUGGACGGGUUGCGAGACCUUACCGGCUGGCAAUGGCUUUUUGUCAUCGAAGGCUCCUUCACUGCUCUAGUUGCGGUUCUAGGGUUCUGGCUUCUCCCAAAUACGCCGGACGACACCUCUUGGCUGAACGACGAGGAGCGCAAGUUGAUACGGGCACGCAUAGAGCGCGACAAGAUCAGCGAUGCUCUGAGCAAAUCUAGUACCUGGGAGGGCCUUAAGGAGGCUUUUAAGGAUAAGAGAACCUGGCUCUUCUGUUUUAUGCAGAUGUUCCAUCUGUCGGCCUGUUCUUUCAAUGCAUUCUUCCCGACUGUCGCAAAAACGCUCGGUUACAACAACACCGUAACUCUCUUAUUAACGUGCCCGCCUUUCAUCCUCGCGGGAGCUGGCAGCGUCUUGGUUGGUUGGAGCUCUGGGAGACUAAACGAGCGAGCAUGGCACAUAACAGUAACAUUAUCUAUUGCGAUCACCGGGUUCGUCAUAGCCGCCAGCACACUCAAUACGGCUGCACGUUACGUUGCUUGCUUCAUCUUCCCCGUCGGCGCGUUUUCCGCUAACUCGGUUGUCGUCGGCUGGGCAUCGUCGACUUUGAGCCAGACAGAAGAGAAAAGAGCUGUUGUUCUUGCGAUAACCAAUGUCUUCGGUCAUAUCGGCUAUAUCUACGGCGCAUACCUGUGGCCCGAUACCGACGAACCGCGGUACGGCAUCGGGUUCGGCGCCUCGGCGGGCUUCGCUCUCCUGUCAAUAUGCUGCGCUUGGGUUGUCCGGACGUUACUCAUACAAGAAAACAGGAAAAUAUUGGCGUUGAAUUCAGAGCAUGUUAACCUGUAUAGCUACUGAUCGGAUGGACAUGAGAGUACCCAGUAGUAAAUAAUAUGAUAUAGAAUUCAAUCUUUAAUUGAAAAUGUCGCAACUCAUGAAUAAUAAAUAACAAGGCCAUCCUAAUUAAACAACAAGUCUCUAGGUUAAACUAUUCAGCUGUUUACUUAGGCCUGCUUGAAUUAUCUUGUGUCAAAAAUGAAUAGGUAGAUAACAAGUAUGAGAAGAGGAAAAAAGGGUUAGGGCUGAU